AUGAGCCUGAAACACAGUAAGAUUAUGAGGAAUGGUUUCAUGUGCCAGUCUGAGGCAUCAACAGCAGUGUGGUCAGUGGUUGUGCCCAGGAGUAGGAGUAAGAGGCAUGAAAGAAGUGUUUCUCUGGAUGAUACAAGGUUGAUCAACUAUUCCAAGUACUCCAAACUUGUUGACUUUGGCACUACCAGAUUCAAUUCAGCUCACAACAAAUGUGACUCUCUCUCUGUAGCAAACAUCCAGCAGAGAAACCAAGAUCAAGAGAAUGAUUCAAGGCAACUUCACAAAACGCCAACAGAUCAUGUCUUCCAGGUGGUCGUGAUGCGAGUUGCUAUCCACUGUGAAGGAUGCGCUGGUAAAGUGAAGAAACAUCUCUCUAAGAUGGAAGGAGUUACAUCAUUCAGUGUAGAAGUGGAGUCGAAGAGGGUGACAGUGAUGGGAUUCAUUUCUCCAGUGGAAGUUCUUCAGAGCAUUUCAAAGGUCAAGAGGGCUGAGUUCUGGGAUUAUUAA